UGACUGACUCUGUGUUUGAUACGUCGCCAGCUUUUUGGACUCGGAGGAUGCCGUAGCUGAGCGGUCGGGAAUGUGACGCAGCGGCGUUGAACGGGCAGAACAUUUUUACUGUCAAGAUGGCGACAUCGGAGCCGAAAGUAGCUGAUACUGAAGAUCAACAAUCUGAGAGCCCUGCUGUUGUGAAUCCGGAGCAGUACAUCAAACAUCCCUUGCAAAACAGAUGGGCCCUGUGGUAUUUCAAAAACGACAAGAGCAAAAGUUGGACAGAGAACUUGCGUCUCAUUUCCAAGUUUGACACAGUGGAAGACUUCUGGGCAUUAUACAACCACAUACAACAACCAAGCAAGCUGGGAUUUGGCUGUGAUUAUUCCUUAUUUAAGGAUGGGAUAAAGCCAAUGUGGGAAGAUGACAGGAACAAGCUGGGAGGGCGAUGGUUAAUGACCCUCACCAAACAACAGAGACACAACGACCUUGACCGCUAUUGGAUGGAGACAGUAAGUCUGCAACUCCACUACAGGUGCUUGAAUGCAACUCCUCUUCUGGACGUUUCAGAAUUGUGUGAUUCAUGUGGGGGGUUAUGGUGUCUAUUGCAGCUAUUGUGUUUAGUCGGUGAGUCAUUUGAUGAGGCGAGUGAUGAUGUCUGUGGAAGUGUGGUCAACGUCAGACCUAAAGGUGACAAAAUAUCCAUCUGGACGAGCAACUGCCAAAACAGGGAAGCCAUCAUGACGAUAGGUCAACUGUAUAAAGAGCGACUGAAGCUCCCCAUGAAAGCCAUGAUUGGCUACCAGUCACAUGACGACACAUCCAGCAAGAGCGGAUCCACCACCAAGAACAUGUACUCAGUUUGAAGAAAUUUCCCCAUUUCGAUUUGCUGUAGAUUUAAAUAAUUUACCAACACACAUCAUGACAUUAAUUUUUAUUUUUUUUUUUUGGGAGUUUAUCAACUACUGUAGUGGAGUUUUUCCUUUUUAAUGAGAAGAGUUGUUCAUACUGCGAACAGCUGGGGCUUCCCCACUAAAAUUAAUCACGUGUUGGCUGCAGUUGUUGUGUUAGCAGACGAGAAGUGUCUGGUUGAAGCUGUCAGAUGUGAACAAGAGAACAAUUAUAAUCUGCUUGUAGAUUUAAAGAGUUUUGUAAUUAACACCAGUAAUUGCCCCUAGUUUACCUGAAAGGAGCCCCCCCCCCCCCCCUUUGAAACCCAGGUUUGGAGUUGCAAGCAGACCCUUCCAAUCUAUAAGGCCCUGUGUGUAUUAUGCUGAAUUCUCACUCCUUGCAAAGUGUUUUGCCACCUCAGAGUUAAAGAUGUUAGACAAUGUAUCCUGCCAGAG